UUAUUGUCACGGUUGUUGUUAUUGUUGUUGUUGCUGUUGUUGUUGUUGUUGCUAAAGCUCUAAUUUUCCAGCGGAUGUAAUUUUCUUGUUUUACUAUUAGGUCCCGUGCAAAAACCGCGAUUUGUUUAGAGUGCAAUUGAUGUGUUGUGUGACAGCGCCAGUUUCCAACGAUUCACAACUUUGAUAGAAAAUAUCCUGUGUCCAGAAUUCUUCAUUGUCUUUUUUUUUCAAGCAAAAAUAACGGUCAAAGCUGCUGUAGUAAGAUACCCUCUCUUCGCCAUCUAGGUUCCCAUCCAUGAAAAUUGUUCACUUUCGAGAAAUGUCUGUUGGCGCAUAUAUGUAAUGAGCGGUCUUUUAUUUUUGAAUGUUUAACAAUUUUUACCUCUCUGUUUCAGGUAGUGGCGUUGGAAAAAUAGGACCAUCGAAUUGCCCCAAUGGAUACCAACUGUACAACAAUAUAUGCUACAAGUUCUUCCCGGGUCCAGUGAACUGGGUUCAAGCAUCAGAGAAAUGUGCCGCUCAAUUUUCUACCUUAGCAUCGAUAAACAGUGAAGCUGAAGACUUCUUCAUAAAGACUCUUCUAACCUCAGGUGGCGUUUCGGAUGCCUGGAUCGGUGUUAGUGAUGUGAACAAUCAAGGAAUCAUGGCAUGGUUGGACGGCAGUGAACCAAACUUCAUGAACUGGGAUUACUACCAGAAGAAUUUUCCUGGCAAGAAAUGUGGCGUCAUCUUCACCAACUUCAACUGGAAGUACAAACCAUGCAAUGGAGCAAGAGGGUUCGUCUGUAAGAAACCCCUCAGAGGCAUUACAGAAUACUUGGUAAUCCUUCGUUACGAGAAUAAACUAUGGACGGAUAACCUUUAUUACCCGGGAAGCACUAGGUACCAGGCUCUCAGCAGGCAUAUCCAAGAAGCGUUUCUUGAUGUGUUUGGCGACUACGAUUGGUUUGAGCAAGUAACAUUGGAUCAUUUCAGGUAAGUACAGAUAAGCCAGUGCUUGCGAUAACUAAGGUUGUCACGCAACGAAUUCCUUGCUAGCAAAAUAUGUUGAUAUCUGCUGUGGGUACUGUUUUGU